AAUUUAUGAUAUUUCAUAUAGUUUUUUUUCUGUAAUGAAAGUUGUGAAACUUAAAAAUAGACUUCAGUUCGAGACUAUAUUUUUGCUUUCGUUGGUGUAUCUAAAAUUAUCCGUGCGUCUGCAAAGUAAAUUAGUGACUAAAAUAUUUAAUAUUACGUUAAAAAUAUGGAUUCAUUCAAUGUUCCUAAAAAGGUUAAUAGACAUGUAUUAUCUGCCCUCAAAUUUAUUUCACGUAAUAAACCAUACGGAUAUGUAAUUAAGACGUCAGAUAUUAUUGCUCGUGUCCGUCAUCAAAUGAGAAGUUUAAUUCCAGUUGAAGAUUUACCAAACGUUAUUUUAAAAUCACUUCAUAAUAUGGAAAAUCUACGUAUAGUCUCAAAGGUAGGAAGCAAUUACACGUAUUGUAACCCAAAACAGGCUGCUAUGACGCCAAUUUUUCCCAUCACAGCAGAUGUCUCUACGCAAAAUAGAAUUGUUGAAGAAAAUCGAGACAAUAUAACUAAGCCAUUGGAAGUGAACACACCACAACAGCCUUCAUCAGCCUCCGCUGAAGGUUUGGUUUUGCCUGAUGAAAGAGAAAAAGGUGACGUUAAUGCAUUGAUGUCCAUUGAUGACAAAGUUGAUGAUAACAAGGAAUCUUUGGAAUGCAGUAAUGGUGAGCACGUGCUAAAACGUAAACGUAACAAUAAAAGGAAGAAGAAAGGUACGAAAACUGGUCGAAAAAACCCGAAGAAAAUUAAGUCAGAACACAAUCUACAUGAUAAUGAGCUAGGAAAGAUAUCUGAUGAUAUCAAAUGUGCGGAGCGCUCUAACUGUGCUGAAGAAGUGCCAUCCACUUCUCAUAAUGUGGAUGAGAAAAUUGAUUUGGAGAUGCUUAUUACAGAUGAUACAGAAAAAUUCACUGACGAUUUAAAACCCUUAACAAGUUCUCACUUAAUGGAACCGGUACCUUCACCUUCAUCCGACACAUUAAACAAGCAAAUGUCUUUUCAAAAGCAAUCAACAACUAAUCAAACAGAUUACAAGGCGCUAAAUUUAGAUAACAAACUUGUAUCUGCUAAUCAAUCAGUAUAUACGGAUAAAAAUAGUAAACCAGUUAAGGUUUACCAUUUAAAACUUCAGGCUGCUGAAAAGGUAGAAAAUGAAACCGAAAAUCAUGAAUGUACAGCACCUUUAAUGGUACAUGAUUCUAGUAAAAUAGAGUCUACAUCUCCAGUGGCUAGUGUUGCUCCUAACGUAUUGCAACGUAACCUUUCUACGGCUGAAUUCGCUGAUGCUAUAGCAGAUCUUAAAGAGGCCUUGAUAAAUGAUUAUGAAAAAAGGCAUGAAGAACAGUAGAUGAUAACGAAGAUAUCAAGAAAAAGGCAUUUAAUGCUAUAUUAUCUGAUAAGAACUAAAUCUGAAAGUAAACUGAUUGAUAACUAAAAUAAUACUUUAAAACUACACAAAUAACUCCACAAAUAUGCAAUUAUAAAACGAUAGUGCAGCCAGCAGUCAUGGAUAGUUAAUAUAUUUUAUAAAAUUGUUAAGACUAUAUUCAAUUAAAACAAA